UUCCAGAAGAUUGUUUGGACUCCGAGCGCGCCACUGAGGCCCUCUAGUGGCCGGACUGUGAACAGCAAGACCGGUGACGGUGAAGCGCAUGCGCGGCAAGAGUGGACACCGGGAAGUCAAGGUUUUGCAGUUCGCGGCGUUGCCAGACUUAAGGUGCGUACGCAAAAUGUCGGCUGCGGAGAGCCGCACGUUUGAUGUCGUCAAAGAAGUCAUCCUGUCAGCUCAUAAGGGCAGCACUACAGCGGAGAAGAUGGACUUCUAUGACAGCUGGGCCAGCCGCUUCGAGCAGGACGUUGCAGUUAUUGACUAUCGUGCACCCAGUCUGGCAGCCAGCACCGUCGCCGCCCACUUUUGUGGCGAACGCCAGGCCGCCGUGGUGUUGGAUGUGGCCUGUGGCACAGGAUUGGUGGCCAAACAGAUGAAGAAAGAUGGCUUUGAACAUUUCGUGGGUGUGGAUGGAAGCCAGGCGAUGUUGCAGCGGGCCAAAGAGAGCGGACUGUACCAGGACCUGAAGCUGGUUCUGCUCGGAGAAGAGCCGCUUUCUGUCCAAUCAGGUGACUUUGACGUAGUGCUGAUAGUUGGAGCUCUGAGCGUGGGUCAAGUUCCGGUGGAGGUCAUCAGGGAGCUGUGCCAGGCCGCCAAACAGGGGGGCCUCAUCUGCAUGACGACCAGGAGUAACCAUGACAACGCCGGCUACAAAUCAGCCUUGGAGGGCGAGACAAAGCGGAUGGAGGAGGAAGGACUGUGGCGUGCCGUGGAGGUCUUGGAGGUGAAGGAGUGGGAGAGAGCGGUGUCAGAGAUGGAGGAGGGUUACAUACCUGGAUGUGUGUAUCUCUUUAAGAAGCUUUAACUGCGACACAAAAUUGUUUACACUAGGGAUGCACCGAAAUGAAAAUUUGUGGCCGAAGCCGAAUAAUGAAUGCAGUUUUUCACAAUUAUUUUUAUAUUGCAUAAAUAGCCUAGAAUAAAUAUUUAGACAUGUUUUUCAAAUAAAGUCAUUUUUUAUUGAAUAUUGACAUUUUUUUAACAUUCCAGUAGCCUUUGCUUUUCAAAAAAAAAAGCACAAAGUUGUUCAUUUAUAUUAGGCCUUCAAACAAAACAUGCAUUCCAAAAAAAAAAUAAUGUGCAUUAAAGUGGAUAAACCCACAACAAAUGAAUUAUUGUCCUUUUGGCAAAAGCCUGCUUAGCCACAGUAGAUAUGCUAAUAAUGUAAACAGAGGCCCCACUAAAUCUCAAUAAGUGUGUGCUUGUAACCUCAUACACUUAUACAGGUACACAACAUAUCCCAACCCCACCGCGUCAAAAAAUUGCGUCACACGCCACUAUUCGGCCUUGUUCUUAACUCAUUCCACCGAAGGCCGAAUGUGGCUUUUUUUUGCCAUAUUCAGCCGAAUAUAUUCGGUUACCGAUUAAUCGGCGCAUCCCUAGUCUACACAAUAUAAAUAAACAAAUAAUUUCACUCACUAAAUUGUCAUCCUUGGCUUAAAGUUUCAGUUCAUUUGAAAAAGUCCAAUUUGAAUUGAAAUUGGCUCCAUCCCACAGGAAGUUGGAUUUGAAUGAUAGGAAGUGGAAUUAAAUUCAUAACAAUUCUGUAAAACUGGACAAUUUUCAGCUAAAUGUCACAUAUAAAGGCAAAGUGCAUCAAGCGAAAGCCAUUUAUCAACAACACCCGCAAACGCUAAGCCCGAGCUCAUCUCAGAUGGACUGAUCCAUCCAUCCAUUUUUUUACCGCUUAUUCCCUUUGGCGUCGCGGGGGGCGCUGGUGCCUAACUCAGCUACAAUCCGGCGGAAGGCAGGGUACACCCUGGACAAGUCGCCACCUCAUCGCAGGGCCAACACAGAUAGACAGACAACACUCACACUCACAUUCAAACACUAGGGCCAAUUUAGUGUUGCCAAUCAACCUAUCCCCAGGUGCAUGUCUUUGGAAGUGGGAGGAAGCCGGAGUACCCGGAGGGAACCCACGCAUUCACGGGGAGAACAUGCAAACUCCACACAGAAAGUUUCACGCCAUAGCUCGGUUGGUAGAGUGGCCGUGGCAGCAACUUGAAGUUUGCAGGUUCGAUUCCCGCUUGUGCCAUCCUAGUUACUGCCGUUGUGUCCUUGGGCAAGACACUUUACCCACCUGCUCCCAGUGCCACCCACACUGGUUUAAAUGUAACUUAGAUAUUGGGUUUCACUAUGUAAAGCGCUUUGAGUCACUUGAGAAAAGCGCUAUAUAAAUAUAAUUCACUUCACUAUUCGGCCUUGUUCUUAACUCAUUCCACCGAAGGCCGAAUGUGGCUUUUUUUUGCCAUAUUCGGCCGAAUAUAUUCGGUUACCGAUUAAUCGACGCAUCCCUAGUUUACACAAUAUAAAUAAACAAAUAAUUUCACUCACAAAGUUGUCAUCCUUGGCUUAAAGUUUCAGUUCAUUUGAAAAAGUCCAAUUUGAAUUGAAAUUGGCUCCAUCCCACAGGAAGUUGGAUUUGAAUUACAGGAAGUGGAAUUCAAUUCAUAACAAUUCUGUAAAACUGGACAAUUUUCAGCUAAAUGUCACAUAUAAAGCCAAAGUGCAUCAAGCGAAAGCCAUUUAUCAACAACACCCGCAAACGCUAAGCCCGAGCUCAUCUCAGAUGGACUGAUCCAUCCAUCCAUUUUCUACCGCUUAUUCCCUUUGACGUCGCGGGGGGCGCUGGUGCCUAACUCAGCUACAAUCCGGCCGAAGGCAGGGUACACCCUGGACAAGUCGCCACCUCAUCACAGGGCCAACACAGAUAGACAGACAACACUCACACUCACAUUCACACACUAGGGCCAAUUUAGUGUUGCCAAUCAACCUAUCCCCAGGUGCAUGUCUUUGGAAGUGGGAGGAAGCCGGAGUACCCGGAGGGAACCCACGCAUUCACGGGGAGAACAUGCAAACUCCACACAGAAAGUUUCACGCCAUAGCUCGGUUGGUAGAGUGGCCGUGGCAGCAACUUGAAGUUUGCAGGUUCGAUUCCCGCUUGUGCCAUCCUAGUUACUGCCGUUGUGUCCUUGGGCAAGAGACUUUACCCACCUGCUCCCAGUGCCACCCACACUGGUUUAAAUGUAACUUAGAUAUUGGGUUUCACUAUGUAAAGCGCUUUGAGUCACUUGAGAAAAGCGCUAUAUAAAUAUAAUUCACUUCACUAUUCGGCCUUGUUCUUAACUCAUUCCACCGAAGGCCGAAUGUGGCUUUUUUUUGCCAUAUUCGGCCGAAUAUAUUCGGUUACCGAUUCAUCGACACAUCCCUAGUUUACACAAUAUAAAUAAACAAAUAAUUUCACUCACUAA